CACAGGGCCCGUCACUAUACUGUAUGGCGCCCUAGCCACGGCCCAUGUUAUAUGUUAUGCCGGGUCCACGCUAGGCGAUACUAUGGCAUGCCCCCAGCCUUUCUAUCUACACAUAACUGGCGCAUACUGGCUUCCAUUUUGCAUUGAACAUCUACUUUCUUUCUUUAAUAAAUACGGGCAAAUAAAUCCCUCUAAAACAUCUUAUUGGAUGAUGGGUUAGAAAUGCGUACCCUAAUUGUACAAGUACCCACGGCCUAUAACGAAGAUACAGAACCGCCCCCCCCCCACUGGAACGAAGCCUCAACCCGAUUCUAUUGACAAUGUAUAUCGUUGCUAAAAAUCACUCCUUGUCGUUUAUGUUAAAGACAACCCUGAUUCCCUUAUUUUAAAGAUUCCUGUUUCUGACCUCUAUCUAUCGCGCUAUAUUACUUUUAUUUUCACGGCUUCUCGGUUUCCGAUUUCUUUGAUCGUUGGGCAUUGGUCGUUCCACUUACUUACACCUCCCAUCGUGGCGACUCUCGUGCUAAAGUAUACUACUACGCACCUCGCCUCUCACCCCGCUCUUCUUAUAUUUGGCCCGAACCACGAAACUAUUCAUACUACCGCCAGAAGAAACAGUCCCUGACGAGGCAAAUACCGCCUCUCAGGCGCAAAAAACCAGUAGAGAAAAUCUACAUGUUACGCAUCGGGCAGGCAACAGCAACGUUCAUAAGCAGCAGCUUGAUGAGCACCCGCUCUAUAUCCCCUCGGAAAUGUCAACAAGGAACACGAUCGAUGCAAAUGCCACAUUUCAGAACAAUUGGAUAAAGUUGCUGCGCACGAGACGGGGCUCGUCAGCACCAUUAUUGAAAUGCCCAUAUUGUCAUAACCCGCCGACAUUUACGGAGGAAAAUGAUCUGUGGCAUCAUGUGAAGAAAAAUCACGCGGUUCACAUCCCUAGGGACGAGUCGCGUGUAAAGCGCUUCCGGGAUGAGGUCUUAGCGAAAUCCAGGGCGCUCUCAAAAAAAGAAGCCACUCCACCGGAACCGCCUAGGUUACCUACCGAUGGAGGUAUCAACCAGGAGCCCACCCAGCUGACCGCAAGCAAAUUGGAAGACUUGCAGAAGGCAGAGCUCGCAAGCAGCAAUGCGGCGAAGCGGCAGCCUGUGAUGAGUAAUACGUUUUUGGCAGACGAGCAAGCUUAUAAAAAGCAAGCAAUCGGCCUGGGCAAGUCCCCGUCGUCGUCGCACUCGCAGGGUUCUAACCCAUCGCGCUUGCAAGCCUCGCCUGCCUCUCGCAGAGCCGCAUCUUCUCCCACGCAAGGCAAGGCUCGAGGCUCUAUGGAAUUUUCGUCGCGUGGACCUUCCACUUCGGGAAAACGUCUGUUUAACCCCUCCGAGCCGAGCUCGCCUCAAGCCCAGAAUGUAAGUUCACCGGGCGGAAGCGCUCAAGCGCGACCUGCUCAUCAGAUCCGCAAGCGUCUGUCAAACCCACAACAUGUGGCUGCCACGGCCACGGAGAAACCGGCGCCGUCCUUCGCCCGGGGAACCCUGCCUGGAGACAUCCUGAUGUCUGGAAAGGCCCAAGGCUCUCAAGGUCCCCAGCUGUCUUCACCUACCUUUGACCACACUCGGAUGGUAAGCCAACCAGCGACGCGUCCGAUAUCUCAAGAACAGCUAGUAGCUGAGGUUAAAGGGAUAUAUGUUGGGUUAGUAAUGGUCGAGGGCAAGUGCAUCCAAGUAGAUUUAAAGCAAGCUCAGCUUGCAAAAGAAGCUCCGCCUGGCACUCCACCAAAACUGAAUAAUGAGCAGUAUCAAGCCUUAAUUGCCUUGCAUAGGACUUUACUUCACGAACACCACGAUUUUUUCCUUGCUUCUCAGCAUCCGUCUGCUACGCCUGCUGUUCGACGCCUGCCACUUAAGUAUGCUAUGCCAGCGAGACUUUGGCGUCAUGCCAUCCAUAGCUUCCUUGAGCUUCUCCGCAACCGACUUCCCGCGUCUCUCGAUUACAUGCUCGCAUUUAUAUACCUUGCGUAUUCUAUGAUGACGCUUCUUCUAGAGACGGUCCCAGCAUUCGAGGAUACGUGGAUCGAAUGUCUCGGCGAUCUAGGUAGGUACAGAAUGGCGAUAGAAGACGACAACGUCAGGGACAGAGAGGUCUGGGCCCAGGUCGCUCGCCAGUGGUAUCUGAAGUCCGCCAACCGCUCCCCCAUCACCGGGCGCUUAUACCACCAUCUCGCAAUCUUAGCCCGUCCAGACGCGCUUCCUCAACUUCUCUACUACGGAAAGUCUCUCGCAGUUCCCAUCCCCUUCACUGCAGCCCGCGAGUCAAUCAUGACGCUCUUCGAGCCAACACUGAACCCAGUAGCCGGCCAGCGCCGCUUCUCUGUGGUCAUUACUGCAAUCGUGCGCUCCCACGCCAUUAUCUUCACAGGUAAAUCCCUCGAUACGUUUGACGAGACCCUUGCGGAGAUCAAGAGUAAUCUCGACGGGCACAUUGGGCGCAUCACCAAGAAAUACCUCGAACAGGGAUACUACAUCGCCAUCAGCAACUGCAUCGCCCUCCUCGGCUACGGCGCAGAUGACAACCCCCUCGCGCUCCUGCUGAAACCCCAAUCCACCGACGCCGACACCAUCAUGCGUGACGACGACUCCGCCCCCGCCCUCACCCCCACCUUCACCGCCUCCCUCAACCUCUUCGCCCAAACCGCCAAAAUACACCUAGGCCGCAUAGGCGACAUCAACACCCUCUCAUUCGUCCACGUCACCCUCGUCUUCCUCCGUCACCUCUCCCGCCACCCCGCCGCCGCCUCCCUCAUCUACCCCCACUUCCCAUGGACCAAGCUUGUCCGCGCCCUCAGCGCCCUCACCGUCCUCUACCCCCCCACUCGCGCUGCAAUCGAGUCCCCCACAAUCCCAAUCCCCGAUUCCACUCCCCCCCCCGCCGCUCGCCCCGAAACAACACCGCACUCCCCUCCACCCCCCACCGUGCCGCUCGACCCGUCGCAGUUGGAUAUCGCAGGCGCACACGACACCGUGGCGCCUGCGAAGGACAUCUUUCGCCCUUUUCCCGAGGAGUUCGCUAUGCAGGGUCUUGGGUUCACAGCUGGUUACUUUCCGGAGGGUUGGUUCUCGAACGAGAAUGUCGAGCCCGAGACGCAUUAUCUCGAGGCAGAAAGCAUGCGCUCCCAGCACCGCCCGGAACGCGUGUUAUGGCUCGGCGUACAGAUUGCGGGACUAGCGCCGGAAUGGAUGGGAUAUAGUAGCGUGGACGGGUAUACGUUUUCCGUUGGGGAAAAGGCAAAGGAGUACGCCGGGGACGAGACAGAGGACGAGAGCGGCAGCGGAAGCGGCAGCGAGUACGGAGAUGAUAUCGAUAGCGAGAAUGGCAGCAAGGCAGCGAGGAGCGAGAGCGGGACGCUGAUGAUGGAGGUGGAUGAUCGGCCGCUGAGCGAGCGGGAUGAGGGAGGGAAGCUGUCUUUUUUAGAUAUGCGCGAUGCUGGGAUUACUUCUGGUGGGUUGGAGGAAGGGGACGCGGUUGGAGAUGUUGGCUAACAAGGGC